AUGCCUCUACUUGAGGAAAUUUUCCAAGAGCUAGGUAUUAGCCAAUACCUGGGAGCCUUCGUCGACCAAGGUUUUGACUCUUGGGAUACUAUUCUGGACAUAACAGAGUCAGAUCUUGACGCGCUUGGGGUGAAGCUCGGGCAUCGCAGGAAAUUGCAGCGCCGCAUCGCGAAUCAUCGAGGCCUCGCGCCGGCCGCAUCUUUGGUCUCGCCAACCCGAACGAGCAUCGAAGAACCACCUGCAGCUGUCAACAAGCUUCAACAAGCUGAGAUUAAAGAUGGUGCGGCCACGGCAAAACGCAAGUACAGGAGGCAUCCAAAGACGGACGAAAAUGCCCCCGAACGGCCACCGUCCGCCUACGUUUUGUUCUCAAAUACUUACGUUCUGUACUUAGAAAUGCGGGAAGAUCUAAAAGGUCAAAAUCUCACAUUCACCGAAAUCGCCAAACUUGUCGGAGAGAACUGGCAAAGCCUCGUCCGCACCGAAAAAGAACCCUAUGAGACACAGGCGCAGGUUUUGAAGGAGAAAUAUAACCGAGAUAUGACCGAGUACAAAAAGACGGCCGAUUACAAGCGGUAUGCGGAUUACUUGCACGACUUCCGCAAGCGACAGGCUCUUCACGAUGCUCACAAAAGAGCAAGAGUGGACGGAGACAGCUCCAACCGUAGGAGCGGCAGUGGUAUGUCUCUCAGCGCCAGUAACACGCACAACCAUGCUGGAAGUGGUUCUGAGAGUCAUCUGGGCAGCGAACCACCUCCUACUCGUCAGCAGAGACUUGGCUCUAUCACAUCUCAAUCCGACACACAUGUGUCCCCUAUCGUUUCGUCAAGCGCAUUUCCACGACAUGCUGACGACACAUUGCUCUCGCCGACAGCUGUAACACAUGAAGGCAAGGUCAGCCCACGGCCACGAGGCUUCUCGAGUCCUGCCAGCAGGGACGCAUCAGAUAACACAGCGGUCCGGUACGCGGCAGUACGUGAAGGCUUCCAGCCCGACGCAUCAGCUUCAAAUUACUUUCCGCAGUUGCCUCAGUUGGGUGAUCCUCGCAUCCUGUCUGGUCCGGUGUCCCACUCCCCUGAAGGCGGUAUCCCGAGUAUGGUCCCUGGUCCUUCUGAGGGUACUAAGUCGCAUCGCACGUCGGUCUCCUCACAAUUCUGGUCACGGCCCCCGUCGUUACGCGCCGAGCAAUCGUCAACGGGCAGCAUAGCCUCUCUGAGCUCAUUUAGCCAGCCCCGGACGCCCAGCGAGUCUUCCCUGCCCAUCCACGCGCUCCUGUCUUCGAAGCCCGAAACACCCUCCAUGUUUACGGGAGCAGCACCUCUAUCCGAUGGCCCGAGCUCGAACAAGCCAGCAACGCCUACACAACAAUAUCCCGGCCGUCCUGGCGAUUAUUUUGCUGAUAGCCGCUUGCCAUACAGUGGCGUCUACCAUUCGGCUAUGGCCAAUCAAGUUCAGCCUACAACUCAGCAUCCGGCACCACCUAUACUGCCGAAGAUAACCGGGGGUGCGGAUCCUGGCCUGGACGGCAUGAGCGCCCUUUUGCGUGCCAGCGACAUUGUUGGCAGGCCAGAACAAUAA